AUGUCAGCAUUUCCAUGUUUGAGUGACAAAAAGGUGGCGGAGGUAUUUUCACCUCCGAGAGUUGUACCACAUGCCAAGCGUCAUGGUUUGGAGCCAGGAAAAAGCUAUGACUUGGUCACCGGCUGGGACUUGAGUGAUCCAGCGCAGGUCAAGCAAAUGUGGAAGCAGCUGAAAGAAGAUCGCCCCCUUUUGAUUGUACUCUCUCCUCCAUGUACUGCAUUUUCUCCUCUUCAAGAGUGGAAUUUUCCCAGAAUGAGCAUACGUCAAGCUGUGAGGUUGAUUGUAGGAGGUUUGGAACAUCUAGAGCUAUGUGCCAGCACUGCCAAGUGGCAGCACCGGCAAGGACGCUUCUUCGUGUUCGAGCACCCUGAUCUAGCGAAGUCUUGGGAAGAAGAGUGCAUGCAAGAGUUGUCCGAGCUAGAGGGGGUCAUGCGCGUGCAAUGUGACAUGUGCAGAUUCAAUUUGAAAGUGGAUGGAAUCAACCUCAACAAGAAACCCACAGGGCUGAUGUUGAACAGUGAGGAAAUGGCACGGGAGUUGAGCCGCAAGUGUCGCGGAGACCAUCUACACAGACCUCUUCUACAUGGUUUGGCCAAGAAGGCUCAGAAAUACACCCAGGAAUUCUGUCGUGCCAUCAUUCGUGGACUAGUUCGACAGAUGGUGAAAGAUGGAGCGGUACAUCGUCCGCAAGAGGUUUGGGCGGUCGAAAGUGAGCUACAAGAGGAAUAUGAGGAGUUGGCAGAAGAGGUUUUGAGCGAUGAAGAAGAAAUGUGUCCAGUAGAAGGUGGAGAAGCAGAAGGCACUCACCAGAUUACAGAGCAAGAAAAACAGGCUGUGAUGAAGUUGCAUCGAAAUGUCGGCCACCCACAAAAGGCCGAGUUCAUCAGGUUCAUGAGAGCCGGAAGAAUCAGACCGGAAGUCAUUCGAUGGGCUUCCAGAGAAUUUCGCUGCGAUGUUUGUGAGUCCAAGUCACACCCGAAGCCUGCGAGACCUACCACCUUGCCAAAAAGUUUUCAGCCAAACAAGGUGAUAGGCGUGGAUGUGACGUACGUUCCCAACAUUGGAGGAGGUGGAGUUUUCCCAGUCCUGAAUGUUUUGGAUUGGGGAACCAACUAUCAGAUGGCUGAACGCCUUGAAGGAAAACAGCCUCAAGAAGUCUGGGAAGCCUUGGAAAGGAUUUGGUUCAGGAUCUUUGGACCACCGGAAGUCAUUGUCACCGACCAAGGGCGAGAAUUUUGCCAACACUUCCAGACCGAAGCAGCCAAGAAAGGCAUCGUCACCCACCAGACGGCAGCCCGUGCACCAUGGCAGCAGGGGCGUACCGAAAGACAUGGCGCACACUACAAAGCCAUCUUAGACAAAGCGAGGUCAGAGGAGGUCAUCACCACCUAUGAAGAAAUGGAUGCGUUGAUGAGAGAAGUAGAGCAAGCAAAGAACAGGUUCAGCAACAGAUCGGGUUUCUCUCCGAUACAACGGCAGAUAGGCCAAUGGCCACGUGCACCACAUUGCCUACUCUCGGAUGACCAUCUAGAUGUGUCCUUGGUGGAUGGCGCUUUGGUGGACGAUAUGGAGAGAUUGCAUCGAAUGAGGGCGAUCGCUCAGAAGGCCUUUGUGGAAGUGAACGCUCAAGUGGCAGUGAAGAAGGCGUUGCAAGGCCGUCCUCGUGUCUGGGAAGACUUCCAGGCCGGUGAUUUGGUGUACGUUUAUAGGGUGCCCAAAGCAAGAAAGACCAAAUCUGGAGGAAAAGAGAUUCAUGAAAUCGCUUCAAACAAAUCCACCUGGAUUGGACCAGGCACAGUGAUCGUGCCGGACGGAGCAAACAUUUGGGUAUCCAUGAUGGGAGAGUUGUGGAAGGUGGCACGUGAGCAGUGUCGCAAAGCAACAUCAGAUGAAAGACAAGGAGCAGAGGCAGUAAUGCAAGAAUGUAGAGAGCUCAUACAAGAAUAUAAAAGAAACGCCAAAAGAGCAGGUUACAAGGACAUCACUCAAGAAAGCUUUCCACCACUGGAGGGCGAAGAAGAGUUGGGCGAACCUUCGCCCAAAAGAGUGCGUUUCAAUGAAGAGGAAAUUGAGCCAGAAAUGUACACACCCGAAUCACCCAUUCCAACACCUGCAGGAAGAGAAAGAAGGGACUCUAUUGAAGAGCCAGAAAGGGAAAUGAGCCGUCCAGCAUCAGCACCGGGAGGUGGACCUUCUUCUUGUACUAGGUCUUCUAUGUCCCCUACAUCCUCGGGAGGUGGGUCUGGAUUGGGAGAUGGAAAUGUCAAUUUGCCGGAAAGAGAAGAUUUGGGUGAACCUGACAGUUUGGAAAGAGAAGAACAAGGGCUGGUGGCACCACCAGAAAUGUCCGCUGCAUCCAAUCCUCAAACAUAUCAAGAUGCAGUGAACCAAUCUCGACAGCAAGCGCAUCGGCUCGAUGGGCAUCCAAAUGCGCCCAGUGCAGGGCCUAUCAGAUGGGUCCGAAACCACAGAGAGAACGAUCCUUAUUUUUCCUUUCAGCCAGAGUUUUAUUUGAUUUCUCCAGAACAAGAUGCUGAAGAAUGGGAGCGAAAAGAACAGGAAGAACGAUACAGAAAGUUGUUCCCUGAGAGCAAACCUGAGAAGGGAGAUUUUUGGACGUUUCAACCCAAAGAACGAAUGCUCAUCCGAAAUCACAACCUUCGGAGAAGGAAUCAAUACAACCCAGUGGGCUCCAAAGAUUUGCCUGUGCCGCGUUGGGCACUUUGUUCGACGCGAAGAACGGAAGGUUGGAAACAGAAUGACCAAUCGUUUUCUUUUGAGGAUGAAUGGAGAAAAGGGAGCACAAGCAAAGUUUCUGAAGGGUCAAAUUUGAAAGAAUGGUGGACUGGGAAGACAUGUUUUUAUUUGCAACCCAGUUUUGAUUUAGAUGUUUGGCUUGCGGCAAAGAAAGGUCAAGAUGAAGUUGAUUUGAAAAAGGAGCCAGCGGAAGAAUUGGAGGGUUGGAAAAAUGCAGAUGCUGCCGAGUGGGCCAAGAUUGAAGCCAGUGGAGCUGUGAAAGUACUCUCUUUGGAAGAAAGUGAGAAAGUCAAGAGAGAGUUGAGUCAAAUUGGAAAGCUGGAUCGCAUUCUUCCAACUAAGGUGGUCCGGAGAAGAAAGCCAGCUGAGCAACCUGGCGAGGCACCGUCGAAGAAGUCUCGAAUCUGCAUUAGAGGAGAUUUAGAUCCCGACAUUCUUGACUUGGAACGUUUUGCACCAACUAUCACAACCAUCAACUUCAAUGUUUUGCUUCAAAUUGCUGCCAACCUUCAUAUGAGGGCUUCCAUAGGAGAUUUGCGAAAUGCAUUUUGCCAGUCGCAACCUUUGACAAGAAAGAAUGGUCCCAUUUACUUUCAACAGCCAGAAGGUGGAAUUCCAGGUCUAGCUGAAGGUCAAAUCAUCCAGAUAGUGGCAGGAUGUUACGGACUAGUGGAUGCACCCCUGCAUUGGCGAAAGAGUUUGAUCGCCGAUCUUGCCAAACUUGGGUAUCGUCAAUCCAAGUUGGAUCCCUGCAUUUGGAAGAUACAUGACCACGAAACUGGGCAAUUGGAAGGGGCUGUAGCGAUCGAAGUGGAUGAUCUUUUUACUGUUGGAAAUGCACGCCACCAUAAGCUCAUGGAAAAGUUGCAAGAGAUAUAUACUUUUGGGAAGUAUGUGGAUUUGAUGAACUGUGAGCAUGGAGCAGCGUUCAAUGGUAGGAGGAUUCAGCAGUCAAAAGAUGGUACUUUUAGAAUAGAUAUGCAGAAGUUCAUUGAGGAGAGGCUGUUCCCUAUUCAGUUAGAAAAGGGCCGUGCAAGUCAGCGAAAAGAGAAGGCGACUAGUGAGGAAGUAGCUAAAGCUCGCGCCGUAUGCGGAAGUUUGAACUGGCUAUCGAAAGAAGGCCGACCAGAUGCUGCGGGCCCAUCUUCUUUGCACUCCUCCAAACUUGCCAAUCUUUUUGUGGAGGACAUCCUUGCCAUCAAUGACACGGUGAAAGGACUGAAAGAGACCGCAAGUUUUGCCAUAGUUUUGCAGCCUUUGAAAAGUAUGAAACUCAGCGUUGUCACAGAUGCUUCGUUUGCCAACAAUGGAUAUCAUUCUCAAGGGGGUCAAAUGGUAAUAGCACAUGAAAAGGGUUUGAGAGAUGGCAUGAGAGUUAAGACCAACAUAGUCAGUUGGAGAAGCGGCCGACUUCAGCAUGUAGUGAACUCUACCCUGGCAGCGGAAACCCAAAGUUUGAGCAGGGGGCUUGGUGACCUUUUAUGGAUCAUGGUCCUAACUUUGGAGCUCACUGAGAAUGACUUCAAGAUACGCGAUUGGAAGCAGCGUUUGAGUGCUGAGGAAGUACUGGUUCUUGGGGCAGAGCACCACCAGGACAUGCUCAAGGAGAGCUUGGCCAUUGUGGAUGCCAAAAGCUUGUUCGACUAUCUCUCCAAGGAGACAGUUGGAGGUCAAGACCGAAGAACUGCAAUAGAGAUUCAGAUCAUCCGAGAGGACCUAUAUCAUCUACAAGGCCAUGUGAGGUGGAUAGAUCACCCUGCUAUGAUUGCUGAUGGACUGACGAAAAUCAAAGGAAACAAUGGCCCUUUGUACAAACUAAUGCAGCAGGGCACUUUUAGAAUUCAAGCUGAAGACACCCAGUUGGCCGUGCGAGAGAAUGCCAGAGCACAGGGUCAACGUGCCAAUGUGGUGCAUCGCGACCUGAAGCCAGCAAACAUCUUGGUGAACAAAAAUUGUGACCUGAAAAUUUGCGACUUCGGUUUAGCGCGUGGCCUUGGCACUGAUGAGGAUGAUCCCACUUUGACUGACUAUGUGGUGACCAGAUGGUACCGUGCUCCAGAGGUCGUGCUAUUGGCUUCAGAGUACACCAAGUCCAUCGAUGUGUGGUCAGUUGGGUGCAUCCUUUGUGAAUUGAUUGGUCGAAAGCCUAUCUUCACUGGAAAGGAUCACCUGGACCAGAUCAAGAAGAUCUUGGCUGUGCUAGGUACUCCCACAGAGGACGAUCUAACGUGGCUGCCUCCUCGGAGCCCCGCAAGGAACUUCAUCAAGAAGGUGCCGCCUGCAACCAAGCAGAGCUGGAAAUCCAUCUACCCGAAGGCAACAGAUGCUGGCAUCGAGGCAAUCGAGAGGAUGCUCACUUUCAACCCCACCAAGAGGGCCACGAUCGCCGACUGCUUGACGCUAGGAUAUUAUGAAACCCUGCACAUGCCUGACGACGAGCCCAUCUCGGAAGCGCCCAUAGACUGGGCGUUCGAUAGGUUUACACCAACAAAGAGGAAUCUGCAGAAUUACAUCUAUGCAGAGUGCUGGAAGUUCCAUCCGGAGAUUGCGCAAAGAGACGCCAAGUUGCUGGAUUCGCGAGACAUCACCCCACUAUUGCAGUGA